AUGAUGGACCCUUCGAGCAAAAGCUUAACUCAGUACAUACCCUCACCCAUGGGAUCUUUAUCAAGGUUAAAGAGGAAGGGUGUAGACAAUUUUCAGAAGGUGAAAAAAUCCAGUAAAUCCAUCUAUAAUUACAAUUACUCGAAAUUCGUUCCUCAUCCAUUUUCAGCUAUUGAUGAAAGUAUUAAACACUCUGAAAAUGGACUCUUUGACGAUUUGGAGAUAAUAGACUCUCCAAAAGAGAAGAAGGUAACAAGUUCUGUAUACAAAAGAAAUAGUGGCAAGUCUUUGAAUGCAGAGUCCCAGUUUUCACUGGGAGAUUCAGAUGCAGUCACUUUGGUGAAUUCAGUCUCUACUUUCAAGCUAAACAAUGCUUCUACGUCCACUUCAUUGGUGUCCUCAUCCUCAACAGUAUGUUCCCAAGUGAAGUCCUCCUCACGUUCCUCAACAAACCAUUCCAUCCAAACGAGAAUCAAAGAGGAAAACGAUUAUAUUUCUAGUGUGAAAGACUAUUGCGGUCCAGUGAAAAAAUCCAUGAUAAAAACGGAAAUUUUGAUUGAAGAACCUUUGAAUCCAACUACCGAUAUCAAGUCCUUCAUAAAUUCAUACAACCAUGGCAAAGCAUAUAAUCUGGGUGAAACUCAACACUUACAUUAUUACCAAUUACCAUUUCCAUGGAGAGAAAACAGAUACAUAAUCCAUGGCUAUAGGUUUUAUAAUACCCAUUCCAAGUCAUUGCUGUCCAUCUUCAACUGGUACGGCUGGCAUAAUGAAACUUCCAAUAUUUGGUCUCAUUUGUUGGGAGCCAUGUAUAUAAUUUACCUGGCAAUCUUUGAUUUUCCUCAAUCUGAAGUUUGGCAGAAUUCCCAGGUCCCAUCACAAGCUAGAUGGAUUGUAUUCAUGUUUUUGGCGGCUGCGUUGAAAUGUAUGCUGAGUUCUGUAUUUUGGCAUACGUUCAACGGUACGUCCUUCUUAAAUCUGCGUUCUAAAUUUGCCUGUGUUGAUUAUAGCGGUAUUACGAUCUUGAUAACAGCCUCAAUUUUAACAACUGAGUUUGUUACCAUGUAUUCAUGUUAUUGGGCGAUGUGCACUUACAUGAGUAUUUCUUUGGCACUAGGUGUAUUUGGUGUGUUUAUGAAUUGGUCCCCUCGCUUUGAUAGACCUGAGGCAAGGCCAUUAAGAAUUAGAUUCUUCAUUCUAUUAGCUACCAUGGGUGUAUUGUCAUUUUUACAUUUGAUAUUUUUGACUGAUCUUCGUUAUGCGGCAAGGCUAUUUAGUCCCGUCACGUACAAAUCCGUUGUUUGGUAUUUGGUUGGUGUGGUCUUCUACGGUUCGUUCAUUCCUGAACGAUUUAGGUCUGACGUUCAAGUUGAUAAAACUAUUCCAACAAACUACGAAUUAUCUACUGAUUUAGAAAUCAUCACAAAGCAAAGGGAAAUUCAUUUUAGGAAGGUGCCAACCGCCCAUUCCAAAUGCAAGUCCUGCCCCUCGCAUGCCAAAUCAUUUAAAUCCCUAUGGUGGGUUGAUUAUUUUGGUUGCUCGCACACUUUUUGGCAUUUCUUCGUAGUUUUGGGUGUUAUUGGCCAUUAUAGAGCUAUUUUAGAUAUGUUUGCCAAGAGAUGGGUUUUAUCAUGA